UGCUGUGUGAGCUGGUGAUUGGUGAAUAGCCUUGUAGCAUUGUAGCAUGUGAUCUCUGUGAUCAUUCACAGAUUUCACUAGUAGUAAGCAAUGAUGUCAGAAGUGACAUCAUUGCUUACUACUCUUCAUGUGAUCACUGAUUGGUCAAUCAGUGAUCACAUGAAUAGCAGUAAACAAGAUGUCACUUCCUCACAUCAUUGCUUACUACUUGUGAAAUCUGUGAAUGAUCACAGAGGUCACAUGGUACAAGGCUAUUCACAACAGCCUUGUACCAUGUGACAAGCUGUGACCAAUCACAGCUCACACAGUAUUUCUCAAUGGCUGCAAGAAAGAGAGAAAGAGAAAUGAUUGCUUUUACAGCCUUUAUGGGGUGUAAAAGCAAUCAGCAUAAAAAAA